CAAUAAUGUGGAAUAUAGCUAUCCUCGUUUUCACAGUCCUCCUUUGUUCUCCAUCUAUUGCUUCCUCCAACAGAAUAAUCAGCAGGCUCCUUCUGCCAUCACCAGUCACAGGUCCUGAAUCUCUAGCAUUUGAUCCAGCCGAUGAUGGACCUUACACUGGUGGUUCUGAUGGAAGAAUCUUCAAAUAUGUAGGACCGAGUGAUGGUUUUGUCGAAUUUGCUUUCUCCUCGCCAGACAGGAACAAGACUAUCUGUGAUGGGAUUUCUGACUUUUCAGAAAUUCAAAAAACAUGUGGGAGGCCAUUGGGAUUGGCUUUCAAUUACCAGACAGGCGAACUAUAUAUAGCAGAUGCUUAUCUUGGACUCUUGAAAGUGAAUUCCGAUGGAGGGUCUCCCACCCAAGUUGUUUCGUGUGUAGAAGGUAAAUCGUUUCGAUUUCUAGCAGGCUUGGAUAUAGACCCUCAAUCUGGAGUUGUUUAUUUCACGGAAGCUAGCUCUACUUACCAGAUCAGAGAUCUAAAGACACUACUUGGAAAUGGAGAUAAUUCAGGAAGCCUGAUCAAAUUCGACCCAAGCACAAUGGAAACCAGUGUGUUGCUGAGAGAUCUUGCAGUGCCAUCAGGGGUGGCUGUAAGCAAAGACGGUUCAUAUGUGCUAGUGAGCGAGUUCAUGGCCAACAGAGUCCUGAGAUUCUGGCUGAAAGGUGACAAACAAAACACACCAGAAAUAUUCUUACAGCUUCCUGGAAGACCAGAUAAUAUCAAGAGGAACUCAGCCGGGGAGUUCUGGGUGGCGAUGAAUAACCCCAUCGGAUCACCACCGCCAUCAAGGUCGCCAGUUCUGCCUCUGGCAGUAAGAGUGGAUGGGAAUGGUUAUGUUUUGCAGGAAGUGGCUCUGGUUGAGGAGUAUGGUACUGCAAUGGUGAGUGAAGUUCAGGAGUUUAAUGGGAAGCUGUAUGCUGCUUCACUUGAUGUUUCCUAUGCCAAUGUUUUCAUGCCAUAGAGACUCAAGCUUCAGAAUAAAGCUCAGCUACGUUGGUGUGGUCGGGAAUAAUGCUAAUACAGCUAGAUUAACUUGAUGUUUCCUAUGCCAGUGUUUUAAUUAUUAGUGAGAUUUAUAAUAUUUAUUUACUUCUUUGAUCA